GAAAGAGAUUCUCCAUCCGUAGCUUUUUUGUUUGUUGAUUCGCCCAGACAGAAAGCAGAGGACUGCAUUACCCUCUGCAGGAAGGCGCUCUGCACGGGCUCAGGAAUACUUUUUUGGGGAGAUGGAAACCACCGCCUCCGGCCAGAUCCCUUUGCAGCGACCAGCAGAGGGCGAGGAGCGCAGGGCGCGCGCGUCUCCUCUCCUCCGGCUCCGGAGGGAGGGAUGGAGGUCGGACGGAAGGGGCUGAGCUUCUUGCCAAGCGGCGGAUUUAGCAUCCGGGGGUGCCUCUGAAGCCUUGGGGGCGGAGAGAGGCACCCACCCACCCAGCAACCCCAGAUGUGCAGCGGGAUCGGCGGAGGAGCCUCCUGCGCGCUUGGAGCCUGGACGGGAGACACGCCUUUGCCCGACGACAGCUCAAGCCCUGCAAGCAGGUUUGCAAGGAAAGAAGCGCCUGAUCCGGAUCAUCACCGCCCCUAACAUCAACAGGGCGCCCGGAGAAAACAGGGUACCACACACGCGCGCGCCGGCACCCCCAAGCAUCUCCAAAAUAGCUGCUUGGUGCGCCUUUUCCACCCGCCUGCCCACCUGUCGGAAGGUCUAGGCGCGCCUACUCCCGAGGAAGCCCCGUUGACUUCAGUGGGGCUUGAAAUCCCCGGAGAACCCUAGGAUCAUAGAGUUGGAAAGAACAUUUUCUUUCUAGGUAUAUAAAAUUUGUAUAUCGUUUUUGUAUACAUGUUGGAAAUUAUAGUAAGUCCUGUAACGUAAUAUGACAACGUUUACUGAUGUAAUAUAAUAAUGUUAACAAAUAAAUAAAAUGCAAAUUCCAAAAAAAAAGGAUCGUAGAGUUGGAAGGGGUCCCCGAGGGUCAUCUAGUCCAACCCGCUGCAGUGCAGGAAUCUCAGCUAAAGCAUCCAUUAUGGAUGGUCAUCCAACCUCUGCUUGAAAGCUUACAAGGAAGGAGAGUGCAAAACCUCCCUUCCACGGUCAAACAGCUCUUUCUGUCAGAAAGCUAUUCUAUAUGUUGAGUCGGAAUCUCUUCUCUUGCAGCUUGAAGCACUUGGUUCGAGUCCUACCCUCCAGAGCAGGAGAAAACAAGCUUGUUCCCUCUUCCAUGUGGCAGCGCUUCAGAUAUUUGAUGAUGGCUCUUGUAUCUCCUCUCAGUCCCCUCUUGUUCAGGCUAAACAUACCCAGCUCCUUCGACCACUCUUCAUAAGGCCUUCUGUCGAGUCAGCUCUUGUAUUCACUGACCGGCAGCAGCAGCCUGCAGGGUUUGAGACAUUCCCAGUCCUACCCCAGAGAUGCCAGGAAUGGAAUUCAGGGCUUUUAGGGACCAUCUGACUUAGAUGCUUGAGCUGAGAUUCCUCCAUUGCAGGGGGUUGGACUAGAUGACCCUCGGGGUCCCUUCCAGCUCCACAACUCUAUGAUUCAAUAGCUUCUGAUGCUCGGCCCCUGAACCACUGCCCUUGCUUGGUCUGGCGUGCAGAGGAUUGCAGCCAUCGCCUACUCCAGGAUCUGUUGUCCUCUCUCCGCAGAAUUCUCCUGCCUCUGAGUUAUCUCUCUCUCUUUUCCCCCCACACCUGCAGGCGUCUCACCUCUGCUGAGUCAAAACGUCCAGGGAAGGAGAGGAACUGGAGGAAUGGAUGGCACGCAGCUGAGUCAGGUAAGGGAUUUUGUGGGUGGUUUGCGGUUCGUGCCCCAAUCAUCCCUCAAACCCAGCCAAAACUUGUUGGGUUGUUGUUGUUUUUUAAAGAGAUAUGCCUGGGGCACUUUUUCCUCUCUCUCUACCUCGGCUUCUAGUCUAGCCUGUGUAUAACGGGAUAAAUUCCUGCUUUUAAAAACAUAUCUAUACAGUGGUACCUCAGGUUACAUACGCUUCAGGUUACAUACGCUUCAGGUUACAGACUCCACUAACCCAGAAAUACUACCUCGGGUUAAGAACUUUGCUUCAGGAUGAGAACAGAAAUCGCGUGGUGCUAGCGGGAGGCCCCAUUAGCUAAAGUGGCGCUUCAGGUUAAGAACAGUUUCAGGUUAAGAACGGACCUCCGGAACGAAUUAAGUAUGUAACCAGAGGUGCCACUGUAUAUUAUUGCAUUUAUUUCCCAUCUUUUGCUCUGUGGAACUCAAGGUGACAUCUCUGCCCCCCCCCCAUUUAAACCCCACAACAACCUUGUGAGGUAGAGAGACUGGCCCAAGAUUGCCCCGUGAUCACUAGUCCAACACUCUUAAGUACACCUUUUCUCAACCGGUUUUUCUGCAAAGGCGAAUGACGCUGGUGCCGUGAGUCCUUGCAUAAGGUGGAAGAGACAGGGAAACUCAGUGGUGAAUCAGCGAAGGAAGGCAGUGUGGUGCAGUGGUUAGGGUGUUGGACUAAGACCCUGGAGACGAGAGUUUGAAUCCCCACUCAGCUGUGAAGCUCACUUGGUGGCCUUUGUCUCCCAGUCUAACCCACUUCGCUGCGUUGUUGAUAACAGGGAGUACUGUGAAUGCCACCAAGAGCUCCUUUAAAGGAAAGGUGCAAAUAAUAACAAUAAUAAUAAUGUGCUAUAGGAUCCCCGAGCCCUUAAAAUCCAGCUUGUUUAUGAAGAUCACCUGAAGAGGUGCUUUUAAUUGGUCCUUGUUUUAAAGAGGUCCACUUUGCCUCUGGUAGAAGGUGGGUGUUUAGGGUACACAAUCGCCUGCUAUGUAACUGCUUUCCCAGCAGAGAUUUGGCAAAAGCUUUUGACUUUCAGGAGUCUCUCAAAGACAUUUUUAUUGCCAGCUGGACUUCUUGCUGAUUAUAUUUUCUACUUUAAAAAAAAAAUGGAUUAGCCUGUCACCUUAAGGAUUCUUUUAAUUGUGUUUUGUAUUUUAAUGUUGUGCGCUGCCCUGAGAUAUAUAGAUACAAACAGACACACGAGCACACACAAAUAUAUAUAUAUAUGUAUAUAUAGAUGGAACAUUGCAGAAAUACUUUCAUAAAUAAAUAUUCGCAGCCUUUAAAAUACCCACAAGCAGCAAAGUGAGUAGUUCUGCCUAUAAAUUAUCUCCUGGAAGUGCCUUCAAAACGUAUCCUGACUUUUAAAUUAAUUGUUUUAUUGUUUAUGAAAUUUGUAUACCUCUUUUCCAUCCGUAGCUCUUAGGGCAGUUCACAACACAAAAACACAAAAUACAUCAUAAAAACAAAAAGUGCCCCACUAGUGAUGUGAGGUGAGAAUAUUCUCUGGAGAAUAUUCUCCACAAACUGUAAAUUCUGUGUCGUCUACACAGCUGCUUUAAAUGUACACACCUCAUUAAUCGAGAACAUUCUCCAAAACAUUAUUCUUGAGAAUUUAACAUCACUACCCGCCACAAACCAGUAACCCCCCCCUUCCCCCUUUGUUGCCACCAGCAACCCUGCUAACUGCUUUUUUGUUUUUUCCAGGUUGUUGAGGCUCUGGGAGACAGGUGAGCUUGAAUUAUGGGUACAGGGGAUUCUUACUGCGGGUUUCACCUUCAGCGGAGCUGGAAAGGGACCUCAAAUGUGGGGUGGUCAGACCAUGGGGUAGGGACACGUCUUGUAUCUGAUGCUGCCUGGAACCAGGCAAAGGGCCUUCUCGGUGGUGGCGCCUGCCCUGUGGAACUCCCUCCCACCAGAUGUCAAAGAAAUAAACCACUAUCUGACUUUUAGAAGACAUCUGAAGGCAGCCCUGCUUAGGGAAGCUUUUAAUGUUUGAUGAAUUGUUCUAUUUUAAUAUUUUGCUGGAAGGUGCCCAGAGUGACUGGGAAACCCAGCCAGAUGGACAGAGUAUAAAUAAAUUAUUAUUGUUAUCAUUAUGCCUGUCUUGAACAUCCUUCUCUGUCUCUUUUCUCCAGCAAGGAAGGCAUCAAGCUUCCCCCAAAAACCAAACUAUUUCUGGUGGAGUCGAAACAGGGAGCCGGUGCUCAUUUGGAGGAAAAGUCUGCCUUUCAGGAGGAGCUCCUUGGAUGCAAAGGUUGAAUAUGAGUCUUUCUUGAUUCUGCUCCAGCCAUGGUGCAAAAGUGGUUUGGGGUGGGUGGAGAUUGCAGUUCCUCAUCCUUACCCCGCUCCCUGCAAGUCCAUAACCAUGGCUGAAAAGUAUACAGUGGUACCUCGGAUUACAGAUGCUUCAGGUUACAUACACUUCAAGUUACAGACUCCGCUAACCCAGAAAUAGUACCUCAGGUUAAGAACUUUGCUUCAGGAUGAGAACAGAAAUCGUGCUCCGGCGGCGGGGCGGCAGCAGGAGGCCCCAUUAGCUAAAGUGGUGCUUCAGGUUAAGAACAGUUUCAGGUUAAGUACGGACCUCCGGAACGAAUAAAGUACUUAACCCGAGGUACUACUGUACAUACAUAUACAGUGGUACCUCGGUUUUCGAACGUAAUCUGUUCCGGAAGACCGUUCGAGUUCUGAAACCUUCGAAAACUGAAAACUCAACAGCCAGCAGAUAGGCCUCAGGAUCUUGCACUCAGCGGAAGCCGCGUGGCAUGUUCGACUUCCAAGGCAUGUUCGAAAACCAAAUUGUUCAUCAACAGAGACGUUCGAAAACAGAGGUACCACUGUACAUAUAUGUAAUUUUUUAUAAUUUUAUAAAAAAUUAUAAAAAUGUCAUCCCUGUGUGUGAGACCACUUUAACUUUCAGGAUACCAGUGUUACAGAAUAUUCAUUCUGCGCUUGUAAGAAAUUUGUCUUUUUCCAUGGUAACAUUUUAACUUUGGAACUACCUGCCUAUUAGCGUCAGGCAGCCACCUUUACUGAACUGUUUUCAGCUUGAAAUAUUUAUCUUUAGGCAAGCCUAUCUAGACACAUAGAUGUUGACAUGUCUUAAUCUCUUUUCCUGAUAAGUUUAAUUAUUUUUAAAUCUUAUGUUGAUCAUCUUAAUAUUUCUUGUAAGUGACUUAGAGGCUACAAUCGAGUGAUAUAUAUAUAUAUAGAUAUAUAUAUAUGAUAAAUUUUUAUUUAUACCCCGCCCUUCCCGGUUCAAAAACUGGGCUCAGGGCGGCUAACAACAAAUUUAAAACACUUAAUUGAUGCAACAAAAAAACAGCAUAAAAUACGGUAUAAAACGUGAAUAACAAUAAGUUCAGAAUUGAAAAAUCAAUUUAGGGGGAAAAUACAUCCAAUAAACAUUAGAUGAUCACCAGGGCUGGCUGGCUAAAUUAGUCCCACUUGGGCCAGCAAGGAGACCAGGGGAGAAUUAGCUGUGGGAUCCCAGAGCGGGUAAUCUUCAUAAAAAGGGGAGGGAGAGGGAAGGAAGGGGAACAAAAGAUCAGGCUAAGUUCAAGUUGAAAACCUGGCAGAAUACCUCUGUCUUACAGGCCCUGCGGAAGGAAGUUAAAUCCUGCAGGGCCCUGGUCUCACGGGACAGAGCAUUCCACCAGGUCGGAGCCAUCACUGAGAAGGCCCUGGCCCUGGCGGAGGAUAAUCUAACUUCCUUAGGGCCCGGGACCUCUAAGCUAUGGUUAUUCAUGGACCUUAAGGUCCUCUGUGGGGCAUACCAGGAGAGGCGGUCCUGUAAAUAUAAUAUAUAUUAUGUUGUUGAAUAAAUUAAAUUAAUCUCCUAGGCUGUUUAUCUGCGUUUGGUCAGGCUGUCCCUAAUUUGCAGGGUCUCUCUUGUUUUUUAAAUGGACAUGGAAUCAUAGAAGGGACACUGAGGGUCACCUUGUUCAACCCCCUGCAAUGCAGGAAUCUCAACUAAAGCCCUAAAUGGCCUCAGCCCAGUUUACCUAUAGCAGCAUCUCCACCCCCAUCCUUCAGCCUGAGGUCCAGCUCCGAGGGCCUUCUGGCGGUUCCCUCCCUGUGAGAAGUGAAGUUACAGGGAACCAGGCAGAGGGCCUUCUCGGUAGUGGCACCCACCCUAUGGAACACCCUCCCACCAGAUGUCAAGGAAAUAAACAUCUAUCUGACUUUUAGAAGACAUCCGAAGGCAACGCUGUUUAAGGAAGUUUUUAAUGUUUGAUGUUUUAUAGUAUUUUUAAUAUUUUGUUGGGAACCACCCAGGGUGGGUAGGGUAUAAAUAUAUUAUUAUUAUUAUUAUUAUUAAUGACAGAGGACCAUCCAACUUCUGCUUAAAAACCUUCAAUGAAGGAGAGUUCACUGCACAUCUAUGUCUGACUAGAUGUUCAAAUGAAGCAAUUUUUAAUGCAUGAGUUAACUGUGCCUCUUGCAGAGGAACCUUUGAUGAAUUCCAGGACUGGACUGUUACCAAACUUGCUGCUAAUCAUGCUUAUUUUACUACAGUGUUACCUCGGGUUAAGUAAUUAAUUCAUUCUGGAGGUCCGUUCUUAACCUGAAACUGUUCUUAACCUGAAGCACCACUUUAGCUAAUGGGGCCUCCCGCUGCCAGAGCACAAUUUCUGUUCUCAUCCUGAAGCAAAGUUCUUAACCUGAGGUACUAUUUCUGGGUUAGCGGAGUCUGUAACCUGAAGUGUAUGUAACCUGAAGCGUAUGUAACCCGAGGUACCACUGUAUCCUCUUGAAUUAUAUACCCAGCACAUGAAACCUUACAAAAGGACAAUACGAGUGGACUCUCUGAGCCCUAACCGCGGCAAAAAGACUGAUACUGAUGAAUUAGAAAAAAUAAAAAUGCAGCAAAGUUCUUAAGCUGAGGUACUAUUUCUGGGUUAGCAGAGUCUGUAACCUGAAGCAUAUGUAACCUGAGGUACCGCUGUAUCUCUCUUUUUCAAUAGGUCAAGGGUUGACAACCGAGGAGAACAGCGACGAAACAACUCGCAGUGCAGACAGUUCUGGGAGAUGGUUAGGAAAAGCCAAAAACACCGUUUUCCCGGCUCCUCGGCAGGACAUGACUUUGGAAAACGAGCAAAAGCAAAAGGGGACACCUCCAGGAAGAGAAGGCCGAAACAAGUCAGUCCUUCGUGCGGCCGGCAACAAAGUCAGCGCCAACAAGAGGCAACUGGCGUGCAGCAAGUGUGGGAAAGGCUUCAGCAACAGCUCGAACCUUAUCGCUCACGAGAGAAUCCACACUGGCGAGAAGCCCCACAAGUGCCCGAGCUGUGGGAAGAGCUUUGGUAAGAAAUCGACCCUCGUCGCUCACGAGAGAAUCCACACCGAGGAGAAACCGUACGAGUGUUCGGUGUGCGGGAGAAGCUUCAGCCAGACCUCGAGCCUCGUCGCCCACGAGAGGAUCCACACGGAGGAGAAGCCGUACGAGUGCUCCAAGUGCGGAAGGAGCUUCAGUUUAAAAUCGAGCCUGGUCGCCCACGAGAGGAUCCACACGGGCGAGAAGCCAUACAAGUGCUCCGACUGUGGGAAAAGCUUCAGCCAGAAGUCCGCCCUCAUCCCGCACGUGAGGACCCACAAGGGGGAAAAGCCCUACACCUGCUCAGCCUGCGGCAAAGGCUUCAGCCAGAGCUCGAACCUUAUUGCACACGAGAGAAUCCACACGGGGGAGAAACCUUAUCAGUGCGCGAACUGCGGCAGGAGUUUCAACUGCAGCUCCAGCCUUAUCAGGCACCAGAGGAUCCACACGGAGGACAAGCCGUACGACUGCUCGGACUGCGGGAAAAGCUUCGGCUGCAGCUCCAGCCUCAACAGGCACCAAAGGACUCACACGGGAGAGAAACCCUACGAAUGCUCGGAUUGCGGCAAAACCUUCAGCGUCAGCUCGCAGCUCAGUGUGCACCAGAGGACGCACACCGGAGAGAAGCCCUUUGAGUGCUCGGCUUGCGGGAAAAGUUUCAGCGUGCGAUCGAGCCUGAACGCCCACGAGAAAAUCCACACGGGGAAGAAACCGUACAAGUGCGGGGACUGCCCUACGAGCGUCUACUUGAAAUCCAGCCUCAACGCACACAAGAAACUGCACCGAGGCGAGAAGCCGUACGACUGCGCCGAGUGCGGGAAGAGCUUUUCCUGCAGCUCCAGCUUCCUCCGACAUCAGAGAAUCCACACCGGAGAGAAACCGUACAACUGCGCCGACUGCGGGAAGAGCUUCACUCUGAACUCGAACCUUAUCACUCACCAGAGAACCCACACGGGCGAGAAGCCCUACCAGUGCCGGGACUGCGGUAAGUUUUUCAGCGUGAGUUCGCAGCUCAACGUUCACCAGCGGACACACACGGGCGAAAAGCCCUUUGAAUGCUCGGACUGCAGCAAGUGUUUCACCUGUAGCUCCGCCUUGAUUCGACACCAACGGACCCACACGGGAGAGAAACCCUACCAGUGCUCCGAGUGCGGGAAAAGGUUCAACCUGAGUUCGAACCUUAUCGCUCAUCAGAAAACCCACACGGGAGAGAAGCCGUAUAAAUGCAUGUAUUGCGGUGAGAGCUUCUAUACGAGGCCGCAUUUUGUCGAGCACCAUAAAACCAGCCACCUAGAGGCUAUAAAUGCGAAAACAGACGACAGCAAAGCUCAUCGUGACUCCCAGUCCAUCAAGUACCAGAUAAACUAUGUAGGCUGGGAUUGACAAAUUGACUGAGAAAAGCGUAGUGGCAGAGCUGAUGGGAGGUUGUACACUGCUCUCCUGUGUUUUGCAAAAUAAAAAUCCAUGUUUCUUCCGUA